AUGGUUGCUGGUGAAUCUGGACCGUUUGAGGUUGAGAUCCGUCGCGGCGACACGAUCAUGGACCUCAAGGUGGCGAUGACGAAGCAAAUGCCCAACACCAUUCACUGUCACACCGAUCGCAUUCAGCUUUAUCAGGGGUACCACGACGCGCAGUGGAUGACCACGGACAACUACAUGUCAUUGCUCCAACGCUGUUCCAAUGACACUCUGGCGUCGGUCAUGGAGGGUCUCCAUUCGAUGGAACCCCUGGAUCGAGUUUACGACGUUCUUCGAGGCGUGCAGCCACCACCUUCGUACCUGCAUAUUCUGGUGGUGCUCCCAACAUCGGAGAUACGGGUACAGCAACAUCUGCGCGAUGAUGCGGGUUCACAACGCGUGGAGUUUUCGCUGCUCAACGUUCAAGUGGGCGAUCUCAACGCGUUCGACGACAACACUUGGAUCAACACCUGGCGCCUUACCCAAGUCACCGACUUUCCCGACCAACUGUACGUUCGCAAGGAGUACAAAGAUCUCUUCAGCUUGCUCAAGCGUCGUGGCGACAAACAAGUCGUGCUCUUUGGCUCUCCGGGCCUUGGCAAGAGCUUGCUGGUGGUGCUCUAUGCUGUGUGGAUGGCAACCCAAGCGCAAAGCGACGUCCUGCUGGUCCGUCGCGUCGAAGGGAAGGGUCUGACCGUGCUCUUCUUGAACGGGUCAGAUCUGUCCAAGUGUUGGCGAGAGCAAAACUUGAGCGAAGACAAUGUGGAGGCGCUGGAGGCGGCGACAACGACGAAGUGCGCGUUGUGUCUGGACGGGAUCAAUCAAGUGGACGGUCUGUUGAAGAAAGUCCGACUGCAGUCGUUUUCGGUUCUGGCAACUUCAGGCCAGUACAAGAAAUCGCAAAGUCAAGCAGGCGUCGUGGACCUGUGUCUUGUGCCGUAUUGGUCGCUUGAAGAUUUGAAAGCUGUCGGACGCAGAAUCAACGGAUGGGACGACGACUGUGUGGAGCAAAAGUACUACAUCGGCGGGGGUUGCCUCCGACUGUUUCUCAUGUCCAUCGAAGAUGCCAGAAUCGCCAUCUUGUUGGCUGUCGGCACUGUGGAUGUCAGCACGGCUGACCUGUUGAAGACCCAGCACGGCCCCCGCUCGGCUGGUCAAGUCGACAGCAUUCGAAUGGCCACCCUCGACUCGUCCAAGGUGGCCAACUACAGCAACCCCGACAUGUGGUCCUACGCUAUCACGUCGAUGUACGCCCUGGGGAAGAUUGGUGAAAUCGUGCCCUUGGGUUAUUUCAAAGAUCUUUGCUUUAAAGCCCACGCACUGAACGACUUUGGGUUGUUUGGGAUUGCGUUCGAGAACUACGUCCAUGCCACGGCCCAAAACAACGGUGAAAUCAAACUCUGGGUACGCGACUACGAGAGGCAGUUGCUCCAUCAACCCAAGAACGCCAAGCUCGACUACUCGUAUGCUACGACGACGAUCACCACACAAUCGUGUUCGUACCGUGGGCAUACACAAGAACAGUAUGAGGCAAUCAUGCGCGAGUGGACAACUGGGUUGGAGUAUUGGUACCCUGCAGGUCGGUCGUUGAAGACCAUUGAUGCCGUCGCAAAGCAAGGCGAUCGCUUCUUGUUGUUACAGGUGACCAAGUCGACAAGUCAUUCCAUCAACAGUGCAAACCUGGCGACCAUUGCCAGUUACUUCCCGGCGUCUUCAACGUCGUUCAUGGUGGUGGUGCCCAACAAAGCGACCGCCGACGCGUUUCGACUUAGCCCGUCAAAUCCGUCCAACCCAAUGCACUUGCAAGUGGCUUACGUCGUCGACGACUUUUUCGACCAGUUUGCCUCUUGCGACUUCGAAGGCAAAAUCCAACCCAGUGCCUAG